AUGUUCAAACAACUUGUCGUCUUCGUAUUCAUCCUCAAUUUUUUAGCUAAAGUCGAUUCUGUUUAUAAAUCGAAGCAAAAACCAAAUUUGUUGUCGAAAACCGUGGAGAAUAGUAUUACUUGCGAUUUCUCAAUUCACAAGAAAGGACCUCAUGGACAAGUGGUGUCAGGAGCAUCAUUGGAUGAUGAGAUUUACUACAAGAUAAAAUGCAAACCAAUUUCCGGAAAUUGUCUUCAAGUGGUGAAUUGCACAUUGAGCUCCGAUGAGCCUGGAUUCCAGCCAUACCCUAUUAUUGAUGACAAUGGAUGUAGUUUGGAAGAAUCGUUGUUCAAGAAUGUUGAGAUGAGGAUUCUACUAGUUUUACUGUUUUUCGCUUCCGUUGUAGCAUCAGAUAGGCGGAAGCGACAAAUUUCUAUUGAUGAUAUCAUAUCAGGAGCUUUAAGUUUAGUGCGACCAAUUUUUGACACAUCGAAACCUAUUCAAAAUGAGGGAAUGCUAAGAAAACCGGAUGCACCAACUCAAGAUGAUAUGAGGGAUUCUUCAAUUUUAGGUUCACAUUCUAGAACAGCUCUCGACGAUGUUCCAUUAUGUAAAGGAAACAGCAAUAUUUGCCGCUUCAUAUCAUGCUCAGCAGAGAAUUUCAAAAAAGAUCCGACCUUUGGAAACAUUCAGUUAGCUGCUCAAAUUCUUGGAGAUGCUAAACUUCGAAAAACUAUCAGUAGCAACACCGACGCAGUUCAUGCGGUUUGUAAGGAGCAAGGAAUGGAUGAGGCGCAAUGUAAACUAUUUUCAAAAGGGUUCCAACUUAUUGAUAAAUUCAUGACAUCUAUUGAGAAACCAACGGAUACUAAAGGGGGAGCUCCACCAUCUACAGAGCCACCAACUACUGUGAUUCCUGAUUUUGAUGAACCAUCAAACGACGAACCACAGAAACCUAUGAUGGAUGAUCCUACCAAGCCGCAAGAUGAUGAUAAUAUGAAACAAUGGGCUGAUUACGACAGCCGUGCUGCAGCUCCAACCAUCACUAUGCAAACAGCACACGGCUCAAAAACUUGGAGCAGUAAUCCAGAAUCAAAAUCACUCCAGCCACUUGAAAUUCGAAAUGAUUUGAUUUCAAGUUGGACACCGAUGCCAUUCUUCGCACCACCUACCAUACCACCAGCUCCGCCACUCGCUUUCAAAUCAGUUCCUUCAUUGAUUUUGCAGCCGAUUCAAGUGCCGCAGUUGGAGAAUGGAAUAUUCUUUUCCACUGACAAAUUCAAUUUUAUGAAGGAGCUUAACUCCAUUAAGCGAUUCCGCAGAUCACCAGAUUACUACGAUCAAGUGGAUGAGACAAAGUCAAAGCCAAAGGCACCAGCGAAAAAGUCAGCCGGAGAUAAUAGUGAUGACUAUUACGGAAGUUUCGAUAGCGAAAAUGAAGAAAAAGAAGAGGAAGUGUCCACCGGACUGAAGCAAUGCGUUCAUUUGUUAGGACUAGGUACAUUGUCAAAGUCUACAAGUAAACUGCAGCUGAAAACCAUGGAAGACGAACUCGACUCCGAUCUGUACGAUCGCGUGAGCUAUCUAAAUUUGAUGGAUAAAAUCGACACUAAGAAAAAGGGGAACAAAGUUGGGAAGUUCCGCGACGAGUGA